AUGGCUUCCUCCAAGAAGUCGGCGGAUCUGGCAUCCCACAUCUCCAAGCUCUCCAUCGAGCCAGACAAAAAGACCAAAUCUGGCGCAAGCAAGAGCUCCAAGUCAAAGAAGGAAGUCGCAGACUCGUGGGAAGACGAGGAUGUCUCGUCCGAGUCUGAGAGCGAAGACUGCCAACACUCCACCACCGAUGCAGGUCCCAAAGUCGGCACCGCGGCACCACCACCUACUCCUGUAUCACCCAGCUAUGAUACCUCACAGCCGUUCCAGCCUAUGCCUUCAUCACCGGGAUACUCGUCUGGUGACUCAAGCAGCAACGAGCGCCGCCGUCCAGAAAAGACAGAUGCUGUUGCACGUCGUAUGAUAGCCAGCGCCCUCGGAGUCAAAGUACCUCGGCAGACCGAUGAACAGAAGGCCUACGACAAGGCAGUCCGGGAAAAGGAACGCAAACGUCGUGAAGAGGAACGCGCUGCGGAGAAGAAGCGGCUGGAGGAGGCUGAACGCGCGAAAAAGGCCAUUUGGGAGGACUAG